GGGAUUAUAUGUAAAGUUUAAAUUGUGACUGGGACUGCUUGCAAAAUUUGCUUUCUUUUCUAACCCUUUUCCCCCUUAAGAUCUGUUUUUCCGCUGCCUCUGGUGCGCGAAUCCUUCCUUGUAGGCGAAGAUCUUCUUCUUCUUCUUCUUGCAAUCCGAGUAAAAAAAUGGAAGGAUUUGAAGACUCCGAUCUCUUCUCGAUCGCGCUCUUAUCGCUCUACGUGAUGUGCCCGCUCACGGUGGCGUCGCUCCAGUUCCAGACGGCGCCCUACGGGAAGCAUGUCCAGCCGGGAUGGGGGCCGUCGCUGCCCGCGCCGCUCGCCUGGUUCCUCAUGGAGAGCCCUACGAUUUGGCUCACUCUCCUCCUCUACCCUCACGGCCGCAAUCGCUCCCACCCCGUCGCCCUCGCCGUCCUCUCCCUCUACCUUCUCCACUACGCCCACCGCACCCUCAUCUACCCCCUCCGCCUCCACUUCUCCUCCAGGAAAGCCACCGGCUUUCCCCUCCUAAUCGCGUUCUUCGCCUUCGCCUUCAACCUCCUGAACGCUUACCUCCAAUCCCGCUCCAUCUCCCACUACGCCGACUACACAUCUCAGCGGUGGGCUUGGCCGCGGGCGGCGGUCGGCGCGGCCAUUUUCUUCUGGGGCAUGGCGAUCAACAUCUCCUCGGACCUGGCGUUGGUGAGGCUCAAGGCGAAGGGGGAAGGGUACAAGAUACCCAGGGGAGGGUGGUUCGAGCUGGUCAGCUGCCCAAACUACACGGGGGAGAUGAUGGAGUGGCUGGGUUGGGCGGUGAUGGCGUGGUCGCCGGCGGCCCUGGCCUUCUUCCUGUACACUUGCUCCAACCUGGGACCCCGGGCGAGGGCCAGCCUGCAGUGGUACCGGGCCCAGUUCGGAGACGCCUACCCCAAAUCUAGGAAAGCAUUUGUGCCCUUCAUCUACUGAGCUUGCUUUUCACUGAGAACAAUAUCAGUUGUCUUUCUGUAUCACAAUCAACCUCAUCAUGAGAUGAGCCUGGUUGAUGAGUUUGCCAUAAAUUCUUCAAGUUCCUGAAGAAAACAAUCAUCAUUUCACUCUUAAA